AUGACUAAUUCCCUUGACUCGAGCUCCUCAGGCUCGAAGCACCCUGUUUUUCACCCGGCUUUUGCCGUCUCAAACAUUAACAACCACAUCAAACUCACCUUGGACACCGAAAACGUGCACUACGCACAUUGGACGGAAUUGUUCAUCAAUACCGCCAAAAGCUUUGAUGUGGCCGAUCACAUUGUCAUUCCUAAAGACAGCCCUCCUGUCACUACCGAUGCUCAGUGGGAGCGUUUAGAUGCCAUUGUAAAACAAUGGAUCUAUAGCACCAUCUCUCCAGACCUUCUCCAUACAAUAAUAACUCCUGGUGCAACCGCUAAGGAAACGUGGGAUCGCUUAGCGGAUAUCUUUCAAGACAAUAAACACUCUCGUACGGUAUUUUUGGAGCAAGAAUUCACCCGUACUCAUAUGGACCAAUUCCAGAGCAUUUCCGCUUAUUGCCAAGCCCUAAAAAUGUUGGCUGACCAACUUGCUAACGUUGGUACUAAAAUAAGCGAUGACCGACUAGUUCUCCAACUAGUCACCGGCCUGUCCAUAGACUACGCCACUGUCGCCACCAUUAUUGAGCAAAGCAAUCCGCUCCCCUCGUUCUACAAAGCGAGAUCCAUGCUCCUCCUUGAAGAGACACGCCGAAACAGAUCCAUUUCCACAGGUACAGCCCUUGUCGCUGCUUCUCGUCCUUCGGCUCCCCCUGCUGCCACCACCUCUUCACCACCACACACCUCCUCUCGCCCACCCCAAGGUCGAGGCAGGGGUGGAGGUGGUCGUGGAGGUCGUUUUCAAGGCGGACGAGGGCGUGGCAAGGCACAUUGGACGUCCAAAUCCAACGCAUCAAGCUCUUCAACUCAGCCCCCUCCAUCGUGGACUUGGGUUCCCUUCAACCAGUGGACUGCACCACCCUGCCCUUAUCCUACCACGGGGUGGGCUCCUCGCUCUACGGCUCCUGGAUUACUUGGUCAGCGCCCACAACAGGCUUUUGUGGCCCAAUCACAACCAGCCGAACAACCUUCGGGAAUGUUCGUACCCACUACUCUGGCCGAAGCUAUGCAUACUCUCUCUCUAACUCCGCCUGACGAUGAUUGGUAUAUGGACACUGGUGCUACAUCUCACAUGACGUCUGAUCAAGGACCUUCAGACGGGGACACAGCUGAUGCGCUGUAG